CCACGGCGCUUUAUCUGAGAGAGCGUGCGCUGCUUCGCGGAGGACCACCGCCCGUGCGAAGGGCAUGUUUGCCAGGCUGUGUCCUGUUGCGUUCGGCUCGCGUUACCGCCUCGUGAUGUGUCCGGGGAAUCCGCAGCGCCGACGCGCGCUACCUAGCAGCUGGCCGCUUGGUCGGCGAGAGGCAUGUGGUACCCACGAUGCGUAUUUCACUGUGAAGUGUACGAGUCGUUUUUCCGGUUUGAAGUCGGUGAGUCCGACCAGAGGGUCGUGUGAAAUUCCACGGUGGUGUUUCGGCGCCAUCAGGAUACCUCUGUUCCCGUCGUUCUCAGCAGUGGGUACGUGCCGCUGACAUUGCGCAUCGGUGCUGGUUUACGUCAGACCUUCCUAGUCUGCUUCUUGUUCGAACCGCAGUGUCUGGCUAUGCCUCCUCCGGACCACGUCGCAGUUCGAUGCCGACCAGAUCGACAGCAGCUGCAACGCUGACCAGCCGGUGCAAGUAGACUGAACGAGCGAGCCACGUGUUCACGCUUCGAAGGAUUUACUGCACGCGAUCUUCCGGGUUCCACCAUGGCUUCACCAAGGCCGGGAAUGGAGCGAGGGUGCUCACGAGUGUGCGUCAUACUGCUCUACCUGACUGGCAUGCUCCUCAUCAUAGCUGGCGCCGUCGCGGGCGGAUUCAUCGUCAACUACCCCGACAUCCUCUUCUACCUGGCUCUCGCGUCCGGGUCGGCUAUUGUGCUCGGAAUCAUCUUUGUCUCGUUGUCGGCCUGUGUUUGCUCCAGGCGCAGGCCGCCGUCCUCCAAGGAUGCCCAACGGAAGUUUGCCGCGCCAACGUCGAACGGAGUCAAGGGCAGCUUGGCCACUGAAUUCAAGGAAGCGUCCGUGGGCUCGCGGGAAGAGCUGAACGGCUCGGCACCUUCUUCGCGGCCCAGCGACGGACUGUUAAACAUUGCGCUCGAGAAGGGCGAGUUCUUUCACAAUGCUUCCAUCGACGCGUCGAACCCCAAGAAGGCGCAGCAGAAACCCGUGACAAGCUCGCCGAGGACGACGAAGGCGAAGCUCGCUCGGGAUGAUGCUGUUUUCCCGGAGCCGCCGAAGGUGGCGGAAAUCCCCGCUGCCCACCGAUCGCAACCCGACAGCCUUCGAAAAGCGAAGGCGAAGAACGGCAAACUUCCCAAAUCACCGGCGAGCGUCGGGGACUUCGCCUCGUUGGGAUUUCAGGAGGAUGACGGCGUCUUUGCGCCGGAGGAGACGAAGCCUUCUGUCAAAGGGCGCGGAAGGAUACCGUUGACGGCGUUCAAGCAAACGUCGAAAUCGGUUUCGGACCUGGACGACGAAUCGUCGUUCGACUCCGCAACGCGUCCUCCCCAGCAGCGGACCGCACCGGCGCGUCCCGAAACGCCGCAGAUGGAGCCUCGGCUGGCGGUCAGCUGCCACAACAUCCUGAGCGAGGAGCCCGUGCGCGUGGGCAUCGCGCACCUGCGGCAGCGCGAGGACCCAGUGGCCAGGAAACCGCCGGUGCCGCGCAAGGUGACCGGCAUCGCGCUGCCGGGCAUGGUUCAGCGUGCGCCCGCGGCCGGUGCGUCGUCUCAGAGCCAAGACGACUUGAGCCGCGUUCGCCUGAAGCCGACCGAGCAGAAGCCUCGAGGUUCGCUGCGGGACCAGGUGCCAGAGGACGGCAAGCAGAGGCUUCAGCACAAGUCUGUGCCGGACUUUUUUCUGCAGGACGGUGGCGCCAAGCUCACCCUGCUGGACAGCAGUUCCAGUUCCUACGGCAAGUCUAGCCGAACCACGGCGCCAGCGCCGGAGACGCCGCUCAACACGUCCAUGGCGUCGUACGCAGAGCCGGUUGGGCCCGAGGACCUGCACAGGUGCAAUACCGUGGGGCUGCCGCCGGUGCCGCUCCCGAAGCCGGCGACGAGCGGCCAGCAGUUCCGCUUGUACACGCCCAAGGAGGACGGCCUUGUGAUGGACAAACAGCCGCUGAUGGCAGACUGGGCGGCCAGCGUUUCGUCCAAAAGCGACACAUUUUCUAGUGACGAGGCAGAAUGCCAGAGACAGCUUAGCUCGUCCCAGGAGCUGCUUAUGGGAAGUGUUAAGUGCCUGGAAACGGAAAUCUAGUUUUGUGUGCACUGCCGACAGUGAAGGCUUGCCCUUCGAUGAAUAGCGAGUGGCCAUUUAGUUGUGACGCGUGGUUUACUACAUCCAUCAGACUGCCGAACGCAAACUACUGUCGUGAAAAUUAAAGUGUGGUGAUAUUAGCGCAACCCUCGCGAGUAAUAUUUCUCUUAUAUGAAUUUUCUUCGAAGUGAAUAAUAUUUGCGCAAGGAAAGUAACAAACAAAUGUUAAUGUGUCGAAGUCUUAGAUCAUGACCUGUACUCACUUAGUCACAUGGAUUUGGACACCUUCAUAUGCGUUCUCCCCAAGCGACAUAUCUCCUUUCUUUUUUUUUUUUUCCGAGUACGAACAGAUUAAACAUCAGCUUUGACAGUUAGCGCUGAUACGAAUUUUCAGGUGGAUUUCCGGAAAAGGUUCAAAUUACCUGUAUGAAAAAUCGCGAUGUCCACACAACUAAAUGUUCAAAAAUUACUUUUAGAAAUUUACUUUAGGGCAGAUGUCGCAAUCCGUCCUCAAGAUAGACCAAAAAGAUGCAUUGGCGUUCCAGUUAAGUUCGUUCCGAAGUGCUAGAAGUAGGCUUCUGGGAAACUGCCGCUAAUGUAUUUAGUAGUACAUUUUAAGGACUGAUGUAUAGAAAGUGCUACUGUUCUUCGGCUUUAUGCCAAGCAAGCACGGCUAUACUGUUCGGCUUCAAUUUUGCAGUUUGAAAAUGUAUAGCGAUACGAUUUAUUAAAAUCAACUUUUGAAUCUUGAAUUAGCUACCUGGACAGCGCAAAUUUUCGCACGAGUUAUGUUCGCCUCUGCAGGUAAUCCCCCCCCCCCCCCCCCCCCCCCAGGGCAAAUUGCAAUAUAAGCUCCAUGUGAUUUUUAAAAAAAAACGAAAAUAUGUACGAGUUAAAAGAAAAAGACGCAUGAUAUGUUCCGUAUUUACAGUGUGUGUGGUCGUCGUUACACAGCGAUGUAUACAUCUUCAGCGGGCUGAUGGUACUAUCGUCAUUUUUAUUAAAGCGAAAACACGAACGCA